AUGCUGAACUGCAUAGAGCUAGCUCAUGAACCAUAUGUUUCUCUUAUCAGAUACCCUCAUAUUUUUUCUGGUGUUCUAUAUUGUUUAGCUUUUAGAGCUCUCUGUUUAAAACAUAAUGCUAGUUUCCAAUCAUUUAGUAGACUUCUUUUAUGGCAUACAUUCGGAAGUUUCUACCUUUUUCGAUUAAAUAUGCUUGUUAUUUUUCUAUAUCUCACAGGAAGCACAACUUUUGCUAUAGAAAGUCAAAAGCGAUACAAAAUCGAACUGGAACAAGUUUGAUAACUAUAAAAUAAGACUCAUUAAUUGCAUGAAAUUUAGAAAUUUAUGGUCAUAUCUCAUAUUGUUCAAUGUAAUAAUUUGUUUGUCUUCCCGCCAGUAACCGACAAUCAAUACAUGUAUUCUUUGGUAUCCAUGUGUUCAGUUACCACCACUACAUUGUUUUUAGUGGUUAUUUCCCUAAUUGCCAUACCAUUUAGACUUCGUGCACUGAAGCUUGUUGCAUCGAGGAAAACGAUUGAAAUACAAAAAAUGUUUUUUGUCAGUGUUGUGAUUCAAGCAGUUAUAAAUUCUUUGUUCUUCAUAUUUCCAGUUUCGGAUUUUCUAAAAUUAGCAUUCAAUCGGAAUCAAUCGGAGAUGAAUAUAAAUUCGCAUUCGUAUAUAUAUUGAUCCCGUAUCAUGGAACUGUAUCAACAUUGGCAAUGAUUUGCUCAACAAGGCCUGUACGAGAGAAAAUAAUACUGCGAUGGGAUUACAGAGGGAAGGGAAGUAAGGUUGCGAUAAAUAAAUAA